AGUUUCCUUUUUCAUUGACCUUAUUUAAAAUUUUAAUUAAUAUUAUUUAUUAGUAUUAUUAGUUUUCUUUAUUUUACUGUUACUUAUUAAGAAUUAUUUUGUUAUAGGUAAUAAGACAAUGGAAUGAAAAAUAUUCACAUAAAUUGCAACGAACUUGGCAGCUUACCGAUUCUACGGAAAUCAAGGCGUACCUAGGAAUCCUGCUGAUCCAAGGAGCGCUUCAAGCAACCAAGGAGCCCCAAAAAAUGUUAUGGUGUACAGAUAAGAAAUAUGUCAGGCCUAUUAUUCCGGCAAGUAUGUCACGUAAUCGAUUUCAGUUGCUUACAGCAUUUAUUCGAUUUGACGACUUUUCUACUAGACCUCAGCGUAAGAUAAACGAUAAAUUGGCGCCAAUUAAAGAAAUUUUUGAUUUGUUUGUUCAGAAUUGUAUCAUGGCCUAUUCACCUGGAUCACAUGUUACUAUAGAUGAGCAACUUGUUUCCUUCAGAGGGAGAUGUCCUUUUCAAGUUUACAUGAAAAGUAAGCCCGAUAAAUAUGGCCUUAAAAUUUGGGCAAUGGCAGAUAGUAAAAAUUCGUACAGUAUAAAUUUACAGGUUUAUCUUGGUAAAAUAAAUAACAAACCAGAAAAAAAUCAGGGUGAGAGAGUGCUUCUGGAUCUUGUUGAACCCCUUGGCACUGGAUAUGGAGUAACCAGUGAUAAUUUUUUUACAAGUCUACCACUGGCAGAUAAGCUUGCUGAAAAAAAACUUACCCUGUGUGGAACCCUCAGAAAAAAUAAGUCAUACAUUCCAAACGAGUUGCAACCCAAAUUAUUUAGGACUGAAUCUUCUAGUAUGUUUGCAUUCACAAAAGAACAUACUAUUGUGUCUUAUACACCUAGUAAAGGCAAAGCAGUUAUUUUAUUGUCUACGCAACAUCAUGAUGAUACUGUUGCAGAUGAAAAAUAUAAGAAUAAACCUCAUAUUAUACUUCAUUAUAAUGAUACAAAGGGUGCUGUAGACACCACAGAUAAAAUGGUAAAGCAAUAG